CCAAGCACCAAACAUAUCAUCAACGGACUCUCACUACCCUCAAGUGAAUAUAACAUUCCAAACAAAGACAUAACUACCACCGGUGAAGUAGGGGAGUUGGCGCACCGACCCCAUUGGCAGCUCCAACCACCACAAUCCUCAAUCUCAUUCAAACACCCCCAUACCAUCACACCGACCUCACUCUCCACCAUGGAGGCCCAAACCAACGGCGUCGCCACGCCCUCCCUCCCCGCCCAAGCCGUUCGCAGCCUCCCCACGCCACCGCCUCUCCCGCUCCCGUCGCACCCAACGGUCUCUACCCAAAUCCCAGGCUACGACAAGCGCCCUCGCGACGCGCGCCUCAUUCACCUCCUCCUCACCUCUCUCGGAAUCUCCGCCUACCAGGAGCGCGUCCCACUCCAGCUCCUCGACUUCGCCUACCGCCACACCUCUGCCAUCCUCGCCGACGCCCUUCACCUCUCCUCCGACGCGUACAUCUCCCAGCAGAACCGUGCCCGCGACCCUCCCGCCGGCAGCAACUUGCGCGACGCCGAUGGCCAGGUCAGCAUGGGUGCUGUGCAGCUCGCGAUUCAGAGUCGUCUACAAUACCAGCUCAGCUCGGGGGGGACGAGUAAGGAAUUCUUGAUGGAAGUCGCGGAGGCAAGGAAUAAGAUUCGGUUGCCGGCUGUGGGACAGACGGAGUGGGGUGUCAGGCUGCCGAAUGAAAAGUUUGUAUUGACGGGCGUGCCGUGGGGUGUUAAGGAAUCGUGGGAGAAGGAUGACGGCGAGGACGAGGAGGCGAAUGAGGCCGAAGAUGUGAAGAUGGAGGAUGGGGGAGAGGAUGAGGAGGUGUUUGGGGAGGAUGUGGAGGGUGGCACGUUUGAUGAUGUCUUUGGUUCUACGGAGGAUCAGGAGAUGGGCGAUGGUGCAUAG